UCGAUCUGUGAUUCGCGCCGGCGAGUUUUUAAUUACAAGUAAGCCACCACGCGCGUUACGGUGGCGUAGCAGGCGACCUCUCCCGGUCUCCCCUCUCUCGCGCCGUCUCAGUAGUCGUCGCCUCGCGGACUAGGAGGGAGGCGGCGGCAAUGGGGCACCCUUACACGCCGGCGGAGCUGCAGCUGCCGGGCUACGUGCCGUUGCAGCUGUCGCAGGGCCAGAUCGUCGCGCCCUACCUGGGCACCUCGCUCUUCGUCACCCUCGUCGUCUGGCUCAUCUCCGGAAGAUGCCGUGCACUGUCCAAGACCGAUCGUCUGCUCAUGUGCUGGUGGGCGUUCACCGGCCUCACUCACAUCAUCAUCGAGGGGACCUUCGUCUUCGCCCCCAAUUUUUUCAAGAAGGAGAACCCCAACUACUUCGAUGAAGUUUGGAAAGAGUACAGCAAAGGCGAUUCCAGAUACGUCGCUAGGGAUACCGCAACCGUCACAGUUGAAGGGAUAACGGCGGUGUUGGAAGGCCCUGCAUCACUGCUUGCAGUCUAUGCCAUUGCAUCCCGCAAGUCCUACAGCCAUAUUCUCCAGAUUACCGUCUGCUUGGGUCAGCUCUACGGAUGCUUGGUUUACUUCAUCACCGCAUACUUGGAUGGCUUCAACUUCUGGGUCAGUCCAUUCUACUUUUGGGCAUAUUUCAUUUUCGCAAACAGUAUCUGGGUUUGGAUACCAACACUCAUCGUCAUGAGGAGUUGGAAGAAGAUUUGCGCAGCAUUUCGAGCUGAAAAGGUGAAGACUAAGUAAGGCUGCAAUAACCACGGUUUGGCAGGAACUAAGACACACUGUAAUGUAGGCAAAUCAUUUGUUCCUGGUACCAAGACUAUCUUGUUCUGGUUGAACAUCACCGUGUAAACUUCAUUGUUUUGGCAAUCAGUGAAUCGAGUCAUAUAAUUUAAUAAACAUUGUGGUCUUUUUUUUUCUGCAUUCAAGAACCGAGAACCAUUAACCACGGUUUGGCAGGAACUAAGACGCACUGUAAUGUGGGCAAAUCAUUUGUUUCUGGUACCAAGACUAUUUUGUUCUUGUUGAACAUCACCGUGUAAACCUCAUUGUUUUGGCAAUCAGUUCAUCGAGUCAUAUAAUUUAA